AUGCUGUUUGUCGAGUGCAAGGGCACCCCGUACGAGAUUGGCUACCAACACGGUAAAGCCGCGAAACUACAAAUUGCGCGUUGCAUUGAGUUCUACGCGUGUCUCUUCCUCAAGAACUGCAAGAAGAGAUGGCCACAGGUCCUCCAACACGCGUCGACGUUUGAACAGCGAGCAAAGGCGCAAUGGCCAAACUUCUACGAAGAGAUGCAAGGCAUUGCCGACGGCUCCGGACGCGAGUUGCUAGACAUCGUAGCGAUAAACGUCCGAACUGAGAUCAACUUUGGCCUGUUCAGCGAUGGCUGCACUGCCCUCGCGUGGCACACUCAGAACCGGGCAUGGUUGGCGCAGAACUGGGAUUGGAUGACCGAGCAGCAAGAGAACCUGAUUGUUACCAAGAUUACACAAGCGAACAAGCCCACUAUAAUCCAAGUAACCGAGGCAGGCAUAAUUGGAAAGAUCGGCUUCAACAGCAGCGGCGUAGGCACGUUGUUUAACGCCAUAAAAGUUCACGGCGUGGAUUCUACCCGAAUGCCCGCUCACUUUGGCUUGAGAAUGGCACUGGAGAGCACGUCAGUCGACGAAGCAGUACGCAAGCUAGAGAGUUUCGGCAUGGCAUCCUCAGCCCAUAUUCUCAUAGCUGAUGCAAACACGUCCCUGGGCUUAGAAUUCACAAAGAGCACUUUUGCGCACGUGUUACCAGACUCUAGCUCAAGGGUCAUCCACACGAAUCAUCUGCUGCUGGAUCACCCUGGCGAAAUCGAUACCGUAUGGCUCAAAGACUCCAUCACUAGGGUUCAAACAAUGGCCACGAACGUGGGAGCGCUGGGUGACGACCCAAGCUGGGAAGACGUGACUCAAUUGUUUGCCGACCAGCAGAAUGCGCCGGGUGCGAUAUGUAGGUUUGAGACCGAGGAGACUGGAAGUGGUACCCUGUUCAACAUUGUUAUGGACUUGAAAAGCAAGAAAGCAGUGCUGAAGAUGGGGAUACCAACACAGCCAGAGGAAACUCUGAGUCUAGAGCUAUAG